GAAAGACAUGGAACCAAAACCACUUUCUUGUAUUCUCCGUCGUAAUGGUAAACUGCCACCGUUGUCGUACAGACGCUAUCCAUUCGAUACAGGAAGCCGCUUUGGGAAGGAGGAGAUGAAAGAAGAAGUUGUACGACUAGGAGUUGAUAUCUCGCUACUUGUUUCUGAAACGAUGUUCUUGCUGUGUGAUGACAUCCGUACUAUGUUAUGGUUCUGCGCCACGUUACAGAGGCUGCUCCUUGUUUUUCAUCAUGUCUACUCAGACUACAUCAAACCCAAGAGCGGUGUGUUUCACAACGAUGACAACUCGGUCCGGUGGAGACUGAUCGGCGACACUUGGGAGGAUUUCACCGAGGGGAUCAUAGUCGUGCACCGCCUUGUUAUGGUUCUCGAAGAGAAGAUUACUCUUACGACGAUCAAACAGAAGCAUGCGAUGAAGAAGGUAGAGGAUAAACUGAGAUCCACGAAGGAGGUGAUGAUGGAUGGGUUUGCGAGAGAGACGAUAGAGUCUAACGUUACUGACUUGUGGAAGUCUCUUUUUUAUGAAGAAGCUGGUGAAGCAGCACCCAAAGUGAAGAGGAUAAGGAUUCUUAAGGACCUGUGUAUGCCACUUUUGGACGACGUACAUAGUGAGAUGCUGGCACUGCCCCCACCAUCUCUUCCUUACAUUCUUGGAUCACUACUCAUAUGUUAUGGUUUUGCUAUAAGUUAUGAGGAGAUGCAAGAAAGGACCGGAGUCCUGAUAGUUCGUGGUGGAGAGGCUGCUUUGUAUUACAUCAUACUCAAGAAGGGAGUAUAUCGGAAAGAUGGCGAAUGGGUGCAAUGGAGACUAAUCAUGGCGGCUUGGAAGGAUCUUGAUGCUGGAAUAAGAGAUCUUGAUCGCCUUGUUUUGAAUCUCAGAGGAAGAGGAUACAGUUUAACUGGC